AAAUUGACUGUCUCAUUAGACUCCCUGAACCGGAGGACUAUUGGGAACCCAUUUUUGGAAUCUGCAUUUUUCUUUUCUCCUUCAUGAUCCCAGUGGUGGUGAUCACCAUCUGCUACAGCCUCAUGAUCAGGCGCCUGAAAAAUGUCCGGGUCCUCUCUGGAUCAAAGGAGAAGGAUAGGAACCUCCGGCGCAUCGCUCGGUUGGUUCUCAUCGUUGUGGCUGUUUUUAUCAUCUGCUGGACCCCUGUUCAUAUCUUUGUCCUGGUCCGAAGUCUUGGAGCCAAGGCUGAUAAUGAACUCAGUUUAUCCAUCUUGUACUUCUGCACCGCCUUGGGCUACACCAACAGCUGUCUGAACCCCGUUCUCUACGCGUUCCUCGACGAGAACUUCAAGACGUGCUUCAAGAAGUUCUGCUUCCCCUCGGCCUUCAGGAAGGAGCUUCAGAUGUCCAACCGCAUGUGUAGCAUCGCCAAGGAUGUGGCCUACGCCUGCAAGAACUCCGACGGGACUAACAAUCCAGCAUGA